AUGGCUAAUGCAGACUGCAACACCCCCAACCCAGCCAGAAGUCCCAGCAUUAGUAAGCGCAAGAAGGCCUUCCGUUUCGUACCGUCGAGUGACAUCAUGUUGCUCAAAGAAGCCCUCAAGCACAGACCCUGGGCGGCUAUCCAUGGUGAGACGCUAGCCGCGUGGACAAGCGUCGCCACAGGACUCAAGGUAGCGCUCACAUCGUGUGCCGCCGACGACAAGGCUUGCUUGCCGUCGCCGCUUCAAUACGCUCCUGGAGGUAUAUCGCCGCGACGAGCACGACUCGUUGAGAGCGUCGGGUUCUGCCGAAGACUACGAGGAGCGUGA